GUCCUGCGCUGCUGUGUAUAGCGACGGCUGUGGUUUACCUCCGUUUUCUGUUUCUCUCACCGAAGUGCGUGUCACCACCCCAUGGAAGAUUCGAUGGAUAUGGACAUGAGCCCCCCGAGGCCCCAAAACUACCUUUUCGGUUGUGAACUAAAGGCCGACAAAGAUGACCCCUUUAAGGUGGAUAAUGAUGAAAAUGAGCACCAGUUAUCUUUAAGAAUGGUCCAUUUAGGUGCUGGUGCCAAGGAUGAACUGCAUAUUGUUGAAGCGGAAGCAAUGAAUUAUGAAGGCAGCCCAAUUAAAGUCACACUGGCAACUUUGAACAUGUCUGUACAGCCAACAGUCUCCUUUGGGGGCUUUGAAAUAACACCACCAGUGGUCUUACGGGUGAAGGGUGGCUCAGGGCCUGUGCAUAUUAGUGGGCAGCAUUUAGUAGCUGUGGAAGAAGAUGUAGAGUCAGAUGAUGAAGAGGAGGAGGAUGUGAAACUUUUAAGUGUAUCAGGAAAGCGGUCUGCCCUCACAAGUGGUAACAAGGUUCCACAGAAAAAGGUGAAACUUGCUGCUGCUGAUGAGGAAGAUGAUAAGGAGGACGACGGUGAAGAUGAUGAUGAUGGUUUUGAUGAUGAUGAAACUGAAGAAAAAGCUCCGGUGAAGAAAUCUCUAUGGGAUACACCAGCCAAAAAUGCACAAAAAUCAAACCAGAAUGGAAAAGACUCAAAACCAUCAACACCAAGAUCCAAAGGUCAAGAAUCCUUCAAAAAACAGGAAAAAACUCCCCAAACACCGAAAGGCCCUAGUUCUGUAGAAGACAUUAAAGCAAAAAUGCAAGCAAGUAUAGAAAAGGCGCAUUGAACAGCCCUGGGCACUAC